ACAUUUCGUUGAUGACGUUGCGCUGUCUGCAAAACCGAAGAUUUUACAAGUUUACAAUGGAGCUGCUUCUCUUUGUAUUUUCUGCAUUAUAUUUGUGUGUAGCUGCACAAGAAUGUAUGAUAGACAAUAUCCAGGAUGAAAUAUCAAGCUUAAGGACAGAAUUAUUAGGACUAUCUUCUGAUAUGGGUGAUAUGAAAAUCCAAAAAGUCGAACCAGUUCACAGAAGAGCAAAAAGAGAAGCAGCUUUAUUAUUGGGAGCCCAGGGUGUGGCUGGACCUCCGGGACGACGAGGUUCUACUGGACGUCCUGGAGCCCCUGGUGCAACUGGAAAGAACGGAUCUCCCGGUACUGAAGGUCUUAGAGGGAAUAAAGGACUGAAAGGCGGUAAAGGUAACCGUGGCGAUAUAGGAGUUAAGGGUCCAAAAGGAGAAGAUGGACCAAAAGGACAUCAUGGUGCACCUGGCCACCAAGGUCAUAGAGCUCCAGAUGGUCGCGAGGGACCAACAGGACCAAAAGGACACAAAGGACAGGACGGUUACCGAGGACAAAAAGGGAAGGCUGGACGAACAGCUGUGAAAGGACAGAAAGGAGAAUCAGGACUUCGAGGUAAUGAUGGACUGUUUGGAUCACCAGGUGACCAGGGAGGAAAAGGAGAAAAGGGAAUGCCUGGACCAAUAGGGAAACAAGGAAAACGUGGCGUUCCAGGAUUGCCUGGAUUUUGGGGUUUUGUAGGGAAUAAAGGCGACCCUGGACUUCCAGGACAACAAGGAACAAGAGGACAGAAAGGCGGGCUUGGAAUUGUUGGCGAGCCAGGCCCUCGUGGGCCAAUAGGCGGAGAUAUGAUGUAAAAUAACAAAAACUCCUGGACUUAAGAAUUUUUUUCUUAAACUUUCUUAAAAAGUGAAGUUUUAACUUAUCAUAAUGGAUAUUCGAUCAUUUUGUAUGUAACUGUCUUUUGUUUAACAACAAUUUAUACAUAUCAAAAUAAGAUAAAUAUAUCAGUUAAAAUUAA